AUGCUUCGAGCCAUCCUCGCCACGUUCUUCCUCCUCGUGCCAUUUUAUUACAUAUACAAACCUCCAAGUCUACUCAUUCGUUACUGUCAACGGCGCUGGCCGGAUGUACUUUUCCGCGUAGACACAGACAAAAAAGUGGUUGCGUUAACGAUUGACGAUGCGCCCUCCAUACACACACCUGCAAUCCUCCGUCUAUUGGAAUCGCACAAUGCAGCUGCGACUUUCUUCGUGAUAGGAUCCCAGAUCCCAGGACACGAAUUUGUCUUGGCUGAUCUCGUCCGGGCUGGCAACGAGCUCGCCAACCAUGCCAUGUAUGAUGAGCCAUCGCGUGCACUCAGCGACGACGUCUUGGCAGAUCAGAUCCGGACAGUCCAUGCCGGAAUCCGGGAAGCGUAUGUCACAGCUGGAAAUACAGAACCUGAGAAGUGGCUAUUUCGGCCUGGCUCGGGGUUUUUCAGCUCCCGGAUGAGGACGCUUGUAAAGGAGCUGGGAUAUCGGCUGGUGCUUGGCGAUGUGUAUCCGCAUGACCCGCAGGUGCCAUUUUGGAAACUGAACGCAAGUCAUAUUUUAAGUAUGGUCAAGCCAGGCAGUAUUAUUGUCUGCCACGAUCGCAGGGAGUGGACGGUGCCUAUGUUACAGAAGGUGUUGCCGGAGCUGGAUCGCAGAGGGUACCGGGUUGUCACGGUCUCCGGGUUAUUGAAAGAGAUCGACGCAAUCUGA